AUGACACAAAAUACAAGUAAUUCGCAUUCGUGGUUUGAAUGGAUACAACUUAUUGCCACGGUCUGUGUUCCUAUAACUAUCGGUAUUUUUACCAUCAUGCAAAAUCAACAGCAGAAUGAACAACACAGAAAUGAUUUAAUCAUUGCUGCUGAAAAUCGUCUGAAAGAUAUUGAGAUUGCAGAUCGUAAUCGAGCAAACGAUGAAUGGCUUGCGGAUGAUAAAAAAAAAGAAAAUAUUCUUGUUGACUAUCAAAAUUUUCUUGCUAAUCUACUCGAAAAAUAUGGCAUGGUAUUGAAUGAAACGUUGAUAGCACGUUUUGUCGCUCGCUUCAAAACAUUAACAGCACUUGGUCAACUUCAUUCUGCAUGA